GCUCGUCCCCGCCAGGACGGAAUAAAGGGAGAUGUGACGGAGUGACACGGCGGGGUCCCCAUCCUCUGGGGCUCUCCUGAAGCUCCCUGCUCCCACAGGGACGUGCUCCAGGGCUGGAGUGUCCCAGUGUCCCCGCACUGCAGGACGGGGACCUUGGGGGACACGGGGACAUCAUCGCCGCUCCCGUGGCCGCCCCGGUUCCGAAGCGGCGCGGGCGAGCGACCCUGGGGUGGCACCGGGGACACGCCGGUGUGACGCAAGGAGCUUUACACAUCCCCCGGCCACGCCCUGAGUUGUGUUUAUAGAGUCCCUCAUAAACGUAUAAUGAGUGGGCGCGGGUUUCAGCUCAUUAGCACGAACCGUGACAACAGGCGCGGGUUUCGGUUCCUCAUCAGUAGAAGAUAGAGUAGGCGUGUUUUUCAGCUCCUAAUUACCGUGAGAGUCCUAAUCGCCACGGCGAUCUUAAUUCGGCGCUCGUCGAGGGUCCGCUCUGGCGGCCCCACAAGACGGGCGACCCCAAAAUCACCGGUCCCGUUUGUGACGUAGCUUUUUGCGCCGGUGCAAUUCCUCCCUUGUUUCUCAACGCCACGAAGGAACAUCGGGGUGGAAAAUACCCCAGGCUGGGCAGACUUGAAAACGUUACUGCAGAGUUACCCGUGCGGUUUUACAGCACCGACAGCUUAUUAAACAGCAGCGAAUUAAUUGUCGUUUACUGGCAGGGUGGUACAGGGAACAGUGGGGCGGCAAAGGUGACAGCUGGGGUGGCACAGGGGACGUGCCACCCUCCUGCCCGCUCCAGCCACUCUGCUGUCCCUCCUCGGCAGAGGGACUCUUGCCGUGCCACGCUGCCGGCCGGGCAAAGGUCCUGCCGUGACCUCUGUCCCCAGCCCCACCCCGCGCCCGGCCAUGGAGCUGCCGGGGGCUCUGAGCCCCCCGUGGUGGCUCCUGCUGCUCCCGCUCCUGGCCCUGCUGCUCUGGGCCACGCGCAGAAGCUCCUGGGAGCCCCGCGAGUGUCCCGCCGACCUGACGGGCAAGACAGUGAUUGUCACCGGAGCCAACAGCGGCAUCGGCAAGUGCGUGGCCAUGGACCUGGCGCGCCGGAACGCCCGCACCAUCCUGGCGUGCCGGAGCCGGGAGCGGGGCCAGGCGGCCGUGGAGGAGAUCCGGGCGGCCACCGGGAACCCGGCGGUGGUGCUGCGGCUGCUGGACACCGGCUCGCUGGCCUCGGUGCGCGCCUUCGCCAGCGCCGUGCUGCGGGAGGAGUCGCGCCUGGACGUGUUGGUGAACAACGCCGGCAUCACCGGGCUGCCCUUCGCCAUCACGUCGGAGGGCUUGGAGCAAACCUUCGCCAUCAACUACCUGGGCCCGUUCCUGCUCACCAACCUGCUCCUGGACCUCCUGAAGGCCUCGGCGCCCGCCCGGGUGGUCAAUGUGUCGUCGUUCCGGCACAGCGUGGGCACGGUCGACACCGGGUUCCUGACGGGGCAGCGCCGCCCGGGCAGGUACGACGCCGCCUACAGCAGCACGAAGCUGAUGAACGUGCUCUUCACCGCCGAGCUGGCACGGCGCCUGCAGGGCACAGGGGUGACGGCCAACGCGCUGAGCCCCGGCGUGGUGAGCACCGGCAUCAUGCGCCACUUCAGCUGGACCGCGCGGGCGCUCUUCGGCCUCCUCCGCCCCUUCAUGAAGUCGGCCGAGCAGGGCGCUGCCAGCACCAUCUUCUGCGCCGUGUCGGAGGAAGCGGCGGGCAUCAGCGGGAAAUAUUUCGACAGCAGCUGCCGCCUGGCGCUGCCCUCGGCGGCCGCCCGCGACGCCGCGCUGGCACGGAAGCUCUGGGAGGCGUCGGAGCGGCUGACGGGACUCACGGAGCGGGAAUGAGCCACCGGGAUGUCACCCCUCGGCAGGGAGGGAAAAGGGACACGGACACCGCUCUGCUCCCCCUGUACCCACGGCGCCGGCCAGGCGUGACCGUGACGCUUUUUAUUAAAAACCCCGGCGCUACUCCCAGGCGAUGUCCAGCUCCAGCCGCUGCUUCCUCACGGCCUGCAGGAAGCCGUCGUAGUCGCGCCGGUGGAUGUCGGGGCAGCGGGACAGGUCCAGGCGCCGCA